AUCAAAAGUACCCCAAACGAAAUGUUCGCACUCUUUUUGGCUUCAUUGUUGGCCGUGUCCGCACAGGCUUCUACAGCCUGCCGAUGCUUCCCCGGGGACACUUGUUGGCCGGCUGAGAAUGUCUGGACUAAGUUCAACCAAACAAUUGACGGCCGAUUGGUGAAGACAGUUCCACUUGGCACACCGUGCCAUGCGCCCAACUAUGAUGCUGCCAAAUGUACAAUUUUGCGCGAUGGAUGGACGGUCCCCGAGGAACAUUAUGAGUCCUCGUCAUCUGUGAUGGCCCCGUUCUUCGCCAAUGGCACCUGCGAUCCCUUCCACCCUGUCUCGAAACCCUGUACCCUAGGCAACUAUGCUGUCUAUGCCGUCAAUGUUACAACCCCAGAGCAUAUCUCCAAGACGAUACAGUUCGCGACCAAGCACGAUAUUCGCAUUGUGGUGCGCAACACCGGCCAUGACUAUAUUGGGAAGUCGACGGGUGCCGGUGCACUGGGUAUUUGGACUCAUUAUCUGAAGGAUAUCGAAAUUCACGAUUACAAGGAUAAACAUUACGCUGGGAAAGCCAUCACCAUGGGAGCUGGUGUCCAGGGAUUUGAAGCCUACGAGGCUGCCGAGAAUGCCGAGGUACAAGUUGUGGGCGGCGAGUGUCCUACCGUUGGACUGGCUGGAGGCUACAGCCAGGGUGGUGGCCACUCUGCCCUCUCCUCCCGCUAUGGACUGGGUGCUGAUCAAGUCUUGGAGUGGAAAGUGGUAGACGGUCAGGGAAAUUUGAUCACUGCCACUCGCGACAACAAGUACUCCGAUCUAUACUGGGCCCUGAGUGGUGGUGGCGGUGGUACCUAUGGCGUUGUCGUAUCAAUGACCUCAAAGGCACACCCCGGUACCCCUGUGUCGGGUCUCAAUUUGACCUUCACAAAUAGCCAGAUCUCUCAAGAUACUUUCUAUGAGGCGGUCGCACGAUUCCACACCCGACUCCCUGCACUGGUGGAUGCAGGUGCGAUGAGCAUCUGGUUUUACACAAAUGCUAGCUUUGCGAUUUCGCCAUUGACUGGUCCGAACAUCCCAGAAGCCAAACUGCUCUCGCUGGUUAAGCCUUUCAUCAACGACUUGAAGCAGCUAGGCAUUACUCCCACUGUGUACUCUAAGCAAUUCCCCAGCUAUCUCAGCCAGUUCAAUGGCAUGCAGCAGGAGAUUGGAGUUGGCGAGGCACAGUAUGGCGGUUGGCUCAUUCCACGGUCGGUCGUACAGAAUAACAACAAAGCCCUCACGGCUGCUUAUCGCGAAAUCACGGAAGACGGCGCUACCUUCAUUGGUGUGGGUCUCAACGUGUCGAAGCAAGUUACUGGAGAUGUGAAGAAUUCUGUUUUCCCCGGAUGGCGCGAUGCUUUGAUUGCGACCACCAUCACCACUCCCUGGAAAUGGGACGACGACGAGGAGAUGCUAGCGAGUCAACACAAGAUGACUGACUCCUAUAUGGCUAAAUUGACUGCGCUUGCGCCGAGCUCCGGGGCAUAUAUGAACGAGGCCGACUUCCGUCAGCCCAAUUUCCAAAAAUACUUCUUUGGCAAAAAUUAUCCUGCAUUGCAGAAAAUCAAGGCCAAGUAUGAUGCCAAGGAUAUCUUCUAUGCCAGGACCGCUGUCGGAUCCGAGGCAUGGGAAGAGCGAGAGGACGGGCGGCUAUGUCGCGUCGAUCAGAGUUCUCGAAGAGAUCUCUGA